CGGACGCCGACGAUCGAGCAACACUCACGUCCAGUCCGGUCUGCCGAGACGAGUACCUGCUGCUAUAUCCAUCACACGAUCGCCAAGUCCAACACACACGGCCCACCACAAUGAGAUCGACUUUGUUCGCCGUGUGCGCAUUUGCGCUGUGCGCGCACUGUCUGGCCUCCGACGACAAGUCGGCAAAGAAGACCGAAGCCGCGGCCGACAGCAAGGCCCAGGGUAAGAGAAGCCUGUUCGACACCGGUUACGGUUUCGGCGGCGGUCACGCCGAUAUCCUGUCCGCGGGUUACGGACACGGACUCAUCUCGUCCGGCGGUUACGGAGGCGGUUACGCCGACUUCAGCGGCCACGACUCGUACGCCGUUGGUGGACACGACUCUUUCGCAGCAUACGGUGGACACCAAUCAUACCAACACCACGUACCAGUCAAGACCAUCACCAAGAGCGUGGCUCUGCCAUACCCGGUUGAGGUAGCCAAGCCAUACCCAUACCCCGUCAAGGUUGCCGUUCCAGUCGACCGCCCAUACGCCGUUGACGUGCCCCAGCCAUACCCCGUGCACGUGGAAAAACCAUACCCAGUCAAGGUUCCAGUGCCACAUCCAUACCCAGUCGUCAAGGAAGUUCCAGUGCCCUACAAGGUGCCCGUCGACCGCCCGUACCCAGUGCACGUAGACAAGCCGUACCCAGUGUACGUCGAGAAGCAAGUGCCAUACCCAGUAGAGAAGGCCGUCCACUACCCAGUCAAGGUGCCAGUCGACCGUCCCUACCCAGUGCACGUACCAGUCGAGAAGAUCGUACCAUACCCAGUCGAAAAGGCAGUCCAUUACCCAGUCAAGGUAGCCGUCGACCGUCCAUACCCAGUACCAGUCGAGAAGCACAUCCCAUACCCAGUUGAGAAGCAUGUGCCGUAUCCAGUGGUCAAGGAAAUCCCGUAUCCCGUCAAAGUGCCAUACAAAGUGGCCGUUGCCGUGCCAUACCCGGUUAAGGCGUACCAACCCGACCACUACGAACACCACGAUCACCACGACUACCAACACGGCAGCUCCGGAUAUUACAAUAACCGGGUAACCAAUCAAACUAUACUGGGGGGCAACGACGAUCCACUACAAAAGCACCGGACACCCAUUAUUCAUCACCAUUCACAUUCAGUUAGGUCUGAGAUCAACACACAUACAAUGAAAGUAGUAUUGUUUUCUGCGUGCGCAUUCGCGCUGUGUGCCUACGUCUUGGCAGUAGAUCAACCGGCUAAGAACACAAAAGCAGACGAAUCCCAAUCCAAGAGAAGCGUAUCUGAAUUGAGUUACGGAUUUGGCAGCUCAGAAAUCGCAAGCGGCGGCUAUGGAUACGGUGACUUCAGUACCGGAGACGCUGACUUCAGUGCCGGACACGCAGACUUCAGUGCUGGACACGGUGACUUCAGUGCCGGACAUGCUGACUUCAGUGCUGGACACGGUGACUUCAGCGCCGGACACGCAGACUUUGGUGGAGAAUACGCAUACAGUGGCCACCAACAAUCAUCGUACCAACAACACGUGCCCAUCAAGACCAUAACCAAAAAUGUGCCACAACCAUACCCUGUGGAAGUAGUCAAACCUUACCCAUACCCGGUCAAGGUGCCCGUUCCAGUUGACAGGCCGUACACCGUUGAAGUGCCCAAGCCGUACUCUGUGCACGUAGAAAAGCCAUAUCCCGUCAAAGUUCCAGUGCCCCAUCCAUAUCCCGUUGUAAAAGAAGUGCACGUACCCUACAAGGUGCCGGUAGAUCGCCCAUAUCCCGUGCACGUGGACAAACCAUACCCAGUGUAUGUCGAGAAGCAAGUGCCGUACCCAGUCGAGAAAGCUGUCCAUGUUCCAGUCAAAGUACCAGUCGACCGCCCUUACCCAGUGCACGUGCCUGUUGAGAAGAUCGUACCAUACCCAGUCGAAAAGCCUGUGCACUACCCGGUUAAGGUUCCCGUCGAACGCCCGUACCCCGUACCAGUGGUGAAGAAUAUCCCGUAUCCGGUCGAGAAGCAAGUUCCGUAUCCAGUGGUCAAGGAAAUCCCGUAUCCAGUCAAAGUUCCCGUCAAAGUCGAAGUAAAAGUACCAUACCCAGUCAAGACUUACCAGCCCGAACACCACUACGAACACCAUGAAGAACACGAUUACCAUCACGGAAACAGUGGAUAUUAACUUAACUCAAGUCAUAAUCUAGUCACACUUCACUCGAGUCAAAAUAUGUACUAUUUUUUACUUUAAUUGAUUUUUUUUUCUAUAUUACAAUAAAAUGGAAACGUUAAGAGAAUAUUAUAUUGUCGGGUUAGAUCAUUUUUAAAAACAAAUAUGAAAAAGCUAGAUAUAGUUCUAACUGUUAUAUCAAUAUUGGUUGAACCGUUAAAAUACUUUAUAGUUUAUAUACCAGAACUAUGUUAAUAAUAUCGUUUUUUAUAUUUUUUUUUUAUAAAUCCUAUCAAUUUUUUCAUGUAUGUAAUAAAUGUAUAUAAUAUGUUCAAUGUUAAUCAAUGUAUAUUGUAUUACUUUCUAUUGUUAGACAAAAUAUAAAUAAAAAAUGUUUCACUUA